AUGGCAUUGACGAUCCCAUCCGCACCUGGGAGCUCCGGGUACUUGGAUAUGUUCCCGGAGCGAAGGAUGUCGUAUUUUGGCAAUUCUUACAUUCUCGGUUUGACUGUCACUGCCGGAAUCGGUGGUCUUCUCUUCGGUUAUGACACAGGUGUAAUUUCCGGUGCACUUUUGUACAUUAAGGAUGAUUUCGAGGUCGUUAAACAGAGCAGUUUCUUACAGGAGACUAUUGUAAGUAUGGCUUUAGUUGGUGCAAUAAUCGGUGCAGCAUCAGGAGGUUGGAUAAAUGACUACUACGGUCGUAAAAAAGCGACUCUCUUCGCCGAUGUGGUCUUCGCAGCUGGAGCAAUCGUCAUGGCGGCUGCUCCUGAUCCGUACGUCUUGAUAUCAGGUCGUCUCUUGGUUGGUUUAGGAGUCGGUGUUGCUUCCGUGACCGCGCCGGUUUACAUAGCGGAAGCGUCUCCGUCGGAAGUGAGAGGCGGACUCGUGAGCACCAACGUGUUGAUGAUCACCGGUGGACAGUUUCUUUCGUACCUCGUCAACUCUGCUUUCACUCAGGUUCCGGGAACGUGGAGAUGGAUGCUCGGCGUCUCAGGUGUUCCCGCUGUUGUUCAGUUCGUGCUGAUGCUUUUCAUGCCGGAAUCUCCUCGGUGGCUGUUCAUGAAGAACCGUAAGUCGGAAGCAAUCCAAGUGCUCACGAAGAUGUACGACGUGUCUAGGUUAGAGGACGAGAUUGAUGAUCUUUCUGCGGCUGAAGAGGAAGAGCGGCUACGGAAACGAACUGUUGGAUACUUGGAUGUUUUUAGAUCGAAAGAGAUGAGGCUCGCGUUUUUCGCCGGAGCUGGGCUUCAGGCGUUUCAGCAGUUCACUGGGAUCAAUACGGUUAUGUACUAUAGCCCUACGAUAGUGCAAAUGGCGGGGUUUCAUUCGAACCAGCUCGCUCUGUUCCUGUCUCUCAUCGUUGCUGCCAUGAACGCUGCUGGAACGGUUGUCGGGAUUUACUUCAUUGAUCACUGUGGGAGGAAGAAGCUUGCUCUCUCGAGUCUAUGCGGUGUCAUUGUGUCUCUUAUUAUCCUCUCGGUUUCGUUCUUUAAACAAUCAUCUGAUGAUGGUGGGGGGCUAUACGGUUGGCUUGCAGUGCUUGGUUUAGCUUUGUACAUUGCUUUCUUUGCGCCGGGAAUGGGACCGGUUCCGUGGACGGUUAACUCGGAGAUAUAUCCGCAACAGUACCGAGGGAUAUGCGGUGGUAUGUCUGCGACGGUUAACUGGAUUAGUAAUUUGAUUGUGGCGCAGACGUUCUUGUCGGUUGUGGAAUCUGCUGGUACAGGAAUGACGUUCUUGAUUUUCGCGGGGAUUGCGGUUCUUGCGGCUAUCUUUGUGGUUGUGUUUGUCCCUGAGACGCAGGGGCUCACGUUUUCGGAAGUUGAACAGAUUUGGAAAGAGAGGGCUUGGGGGAGUAACAGUGGUUGGGGAAGUAGCAGCGAUAGCAACAACAACCUUGAGGCUGAGGGGUUGAUCGAGCAGGGGUCUCCUCGGUCUUAA